GGGCGGUGGUCAUAUCAAUACUAAACCCUAAAAUUAAGACCACAGUGACUUGAACCUAUUUAUUUACCCAAACAAAUCACUACCUCCCAAUCUUCCCAUGGACGAUCUGAAUCCUCUGGCGGGCACGGCUCACCUCCUGGAAGAGGUCGACAAGAAGCUAAUGGUGCUCUUGAGGGACGGAAGAACCCUAAUUGGUUACCUGCGAUCCGUGGAUCAGUUCGCCAACCUGGUGCUGCAGCGCACCAUCGAGCGGAUACAUGUGGGCAACGAGUACGGCGACAUUCCACGUGGAGUCUUCAUCAUUCGGGGCGAGAAUGUGGUGCUCCUGGGCGAAAUUGAUCGCGAGAAGGAGCAGAAGCUGCCGCUCAAGGAGAUAUCCGUCGACGAAAUCCUGGACGCCCAGCGCAGGGAGCAGGAGCAGCGCCAGGAGAAGCACCGCCUGGUGUCCAAGGCGCUCAAGGAACGAGGACUGGCCGUCGAUGCCAACAUAAUCAACGAGGACUUCUGCUAAGAUAGUUAGAUUAAGCUCAAAACAUGAUUUUCGUCACUUUGUAUAUUUGUACUGCAUUAAAAAACUACGUUUAAACCUA